UCUCCCCCAAUGGCACUUAAGGGGAUUCACCCACCAACAAUGUAACUAUAAAUCUCCCACUCCCACUCCCUCCCAAUCCAUAAAUACAACUUCUUAUAUCCUAAAUCCUUCCUUCAACUUCUUACAUAUGGGAGAUUGCAGGCCAUUGGGUUUCUUACUGGGGCUUCCAUUUGCCUUGGUUGCCUUAGUCUUGUCUCUAGUUGGUGCAGUUAUUUGGAUCAUCGGAUCUGUGCUGAGUUGCUUGUGUCCCUGUUGCGUGUGCUUUGCGGGGAUUGCUAAUUUGGCGGUGGGGCUUGUCAAGCUGCCGGUCAAGGUUCUCCGAUGGUUCACUCAUCAAAUCCCUUGUUGAUUUUCUUCCUCCCCUUAUUAUUUUUUCAUAUUUAAUUUCCAUUUUCUCUGUUUCCUUAUUUCCUUGUUGUAGAUUAUUUGGGCAUUUUAGUGAGUUGAUUGAUGUGUAUUUUUAAUAAUCCCAUUUUUAUUUUCAACAUUGAUUCUUUAAUGGGUUGGCUUUCUUGACCUUUUCUGUAUGGAAUCCCACUUAUGAUUUACGUUGAUGAUGCCUUCCCUCUA